AUGAGCGAUACACUUAAUCACAAUGAUUUCCCUGAAAAGAGAUUACUUACAGAAGAUGAUAUGAAAAUAUGGGAAAAUAGUUCAACAAAGAAUGAUUUAAUGAAAUUUAUAGUGACUUUAGCAGAAGCUGUUGAAGAUCAUGAAAAUUUACAAUUUGAAGAACCAUUAUCUCCAGCGAUACAGAAUACACAAACAAUAUUAUUAAAUUCUAUUGAAAAUUUUAUUAAAGAUCAUCCGGUUGCAAAUGAUGAAAAGACUAAAUCAAGAUUUGGUAAAGUUGAGUUUAGAGAUUUUUAUGACGAUUUACAAAAAAAUGCCGUAGAUUUAAUAUCAAAAACUUAUCCUAGUUUGACUACUGCUCAAGUAAAUCAAUUAUCAAUAUAUUUGAUAGAAUCUUGGGGUAAUAAGAGAAGAAUUGAUUAUGGUUCUGGUCAUGAAUUAAAUUUUAUGUGUUUCUUAUUUGGGUUAACUCAAUAUAAGAUAUUUUCAUUACAUCAGGAUAGUGUAAACCUCAUUUUGGUAGUAUUUAUCAAAUAUUUAACUAUUAUGAGAACUUUAGAAUCCCAGUAUUGGUUGGAACCAGCAGGUUCCCAUGGUGUAUGGGGAUUAGAUGAUUAUCAUUUCUUGCCAUUUUUAUUUGGUGCAUUUCAAUUAGCUAAACACAAACAUUUGAGACCAAUGUCGAUUCACGAUGAAGAAAUUGUUGAAAUGUUUAAGGAUAAAUAUUUGUAUUUUGGUUGUAUUUCAUUUAUUAAUUCAAUUAAGACAUCUGCAUCAUUAAGGUGGCAUUCUCCAAUGUUAGAUGAUAUUAGUGGUGUGAAAAAAUGGUCAAAAGUGGCAGAAGGAAUGGUUAAAAUGUACGAUGCUGAAGUAUUGAAAAAAUUACCUAUAAUGCAACAUUUCUAUUUCAGUCAGUUUUUAAAAUGCCCAGAUGGUAUUAGUCCACCACAUGAGGGAAUCCAGGGAAAUAUUCAUGAUGAAGAAUUGGAAGAAGAGUUGAGUCACAUGCAUAACACUUACGGUGAUUGUUGUGGUAUUAAAGUUCCUAGUGCAUUUGCAGCUGCCGCAGAAAUUAAUAAAAAAUCUCAUAAACCUAUACCGUUUGAUUAA